AUGAGUGGAGAUGAAAUUUGUCUGUCUGUUUCAGUGGACCUUUUGGAGCUCAGCAUCGCCCAGAGUGUCUUUGAUCAACACAAACUCACGCAUAAUGGGCAGCUACUGGAGAUUCCAGGCAUCAUAAACUGUCUCUGCACAGUCUACCAUCUGUUCGCUCAGGCGGCCGACGCUGCAGGUGUCUGUAACCAGAGGCAGCUGGCGUUGCUGCUACACAACAGCAUCCAAAUCCCACACCAGCUCGGGGAGGCCGCCGCAUUUGGAGGGAGUAACAUGGAGCCCAGUGUCCGUAGCUGCUUUCAAUAUGUGGGCCGUGUUGAUGUCAUUGAGGUACAGCAGUUUGUGGACUGGAUGCAUUUGGAGCCGCAGUCGAUGGUCUGGUUGCCUGUCCUUCACAGAGUCGCCGCUGCAGAAACCGCCAAACAUCAGGCCAAAUGCAACAUCUGUAAGGAGUGUCCCAUGGUGGGCUUCAGGUAUCGAAGUCUGAAACACUUCAACUACAACGUGUGUCAGACAUGUUUUUUCUCGGGAAGGAUUUCCAAGGACUAUCAUCUCAGCUAUCCAAUGGUGGAGUACUGCACCCCUACCACCUCAGGAGAAGAUGUGCGUGACUUCACCAAGGUGCUGAAAAACAAGUUCCGCUCAAAGAAGUACUUCAUCAAACACCCUCGGCUCGGCUACCUGCCCGUGCAGACCAUCCUGGAGGAAGAGCAUUCAGAGACCCCCGUUGCAUUUGUAAGCAUGUGUCCAGAGGAGUAUGAGUCGACACAGAACAACAGAGAAUCCAGUGCCAUCCUACCUGUAGCAGAAUCUCUCCUGUCAACAGGAAAAAUGAGUGCAGACGACAUCCACACUCAGACUGAUGAGAGAGCAGCUACAUGUGCACAUCAGAGCUCAUCUGACACUGAGAUGAUGAUGAUGAUGAUGAUGAUGAAUGAGCUGGAACCUUCUCAGAGUCUGGAGGCGGACAGAUCUGAGGAUGUUUCUGGCAACUUCACAUGAGACUCUUCAAUCAGAUGAGAUAGUGGAGGCCUGGGAUCUGAAGUUUGAGCUCUUUGCAUAAGAUUUCA